CACCAGGUCCACCACCACCACUCGAAUGAGCUCUCUUUCCCGAAUGUCUUGUGGCUGGAAGGUUUCGUCAACCGAUGAUUAUCAAAUUUACGCGCCGUUUUGUACCAAGAAUGCCACCACGGGAGACACCUCUACCUUCAUAGAUUGUUACACCCCGUCCACCAACUCGUGGCAUCGAGCCACUUCCAUUCCAGGACACGGCGAAAAUCUUGCCUUGAAGGACUUUUCCAUGGCCUCUUUAGGCCACUACAUUUACGUAAUUGGCGGCCGCCUAUGCCGUAAAUCGUCCGAACCCAACAUCGGUUCAGGCCCGGAAAUCAACCCAAGUGUAGUCGCUUGCGUGCAUAGAUACAACGUCAGGACAAACAGUUGGGAAACAUGCGCCCCAAUGGCCCACCCCAGGUUCAACUUUGCUUGUACUGUUUUUAACAACAAAAUCUAUGUUGCAGGGGGGCAAAGCACAUUGGGUAGGGCUAAAGGCAUUUCGUCCACCGAAGUGUACGACCCGGCUUUGGACCAAUGGAGAUCUCUUGCCAACAUGAGUAGAAUGAGGUACAAGUGCGUGAGUGUUAUAUGGCAAGGGAAAAUCCACGUCGUUGGCGGGUUCGUUGACGGGGGAGAAAUUCCAGGCCCGUUCCACAUGACGCGGAGUUCUGCUGAAGUUUACGACGUGCAGCGUGACAAGUGGGAUUUCAUGGCCCGGAUGUGGGAUCUCGACGU